AUGUGGCCCAAACAACAACAAUUACUGCAGGAAAUUUCGUCUGAACUUGAGUCGACAGCCAUAUUGGUCACGGCCGGUGAAACCAAUCAGCCGACAGAAGCCAUAGAAGAAAGGGUCACAUCAUCUGAGGUCAUCACUGCAGUAGAGUUGAUCACGUUCACAGAGGACUUGAGCGGCACGACAAAGCGCCGCGUACCGAUCACUCCCCUGCCCCUAGUGACAAUUAACGAGGGGUCAGACACGCUCUCUAGUGAAAGCGCAUCUCCGGAAGCAAGCUCGCUGGAAUACACUGUGGACACGGGCUCUGACGUUCCCAGCUCACCAGACACAGCGAUGGAUACCACCACUUCCGAAAGCGAGAGCACAAUGGCGAGCGUAACGCAAUCUACUGGGGAUGGGAAGUCGACGCUCCCAACAAGGCCACCGUUGCAAGGGGAAGUAUUCUGCAACACUUCGUUCUGUGAAGCGGAAGGGCGAUUUCUCUCGGGAACGCUGAAAGGACGAACCAUCGACCCUUGCGACAACUUUCACGCUUACGUGUGCGAGGACUGGAGCCGGGCGUCACCGGAUGCAUCGGCCGCGUAUGCCGACGCUGCCGAUGCUCUCACUGGAGCCACCGAGGAGACUGCCAAGCGCAUACUCAGCGGUGGUCAAGCGGCAGACCUGUCACCACUCUGGAAGGUGUGGGCCUCGUGCAACCAGGACGCCUCGGCCACUGACGCCAAGCUUGUCGAGGUGCUGUCUGCUCUAGGUGUGGACUUGUCGGACGUCCAGAAGGCCUCUUCCGAGGAGGCGCUGCGAGCUGCCGGCAGCGUCCAGUUCAAGCUGGGCAUUGCGCCGCUUGCCUUUGUCUCGCUCGAUUCAUAUCAGGCCAAGGGCUACUCGAAAAUACUGGCGCUGGAAGAGGGCGAUGCCCUAAUGAGUCCCCAAGACGCCGUUAGCGGCGAUCGAGUGUCGUCCACCUCGGAUCUAGCAUGCGCCUAUCUGCAGGCUGUGGCACCCGAUGAUCAGCGUGGCAAGGACUUGUGCGACUCAAUCGCCAAUGUGGCGGUACAGCUUGCCAAGGUUUCGCUGUUAGACAGGCCUUCCCAAGAGCGGAUGACGAACUACAGCCUGGAAACCUGGGACACAGUCGCCGUGCUUCAACCGCUCUUCCAAGCCAUGAAUGGAUCAGGCAGCUACAUUGGUGACAACCAACCAGUUCUGCUCAAGAACCAGGAGCUACUCACUGUCAUCAAAACUCUUAUAAAGACUAUGCCCGAGCACGUGUACCGGUACGUCGGCUUCCACGCAACCGCCUACCUGUCCCCGUUCCUGCAAUCCAAGGAGGCGUUGUGGGAGCUGGCGCUCUACGCGGCGGCGCGACAGAUGCCGCGCCGCAAGAUGAAGUCGCCCCAGCAGGCGACGGGCCGAGUGCUAGACGAGGCGACCUUAGAGGCUGUGGUCGGUCGUGUGCCCCCGCGCAAGUGGCGACUCUGCCUGCACAUCGUGGACCGGUUGCUUCCUGGCAUUCUGGUGGUGGCCUUCGCCCGUGCCACCAAUGACACGGCAAUCUUCAUGGAGCUCAUGGCUGACGUCAUUGCGGAGGAAUUGCGGAGCACAUUCAUUGACCAGGUAGGAAGAAUGACCUACUUCGACAAUUGGACCAGGCAGAUGUUUAGGUGGAAGGCAAGGUCAAUCAACCUGUAUUCCUUGUUUCCCCUGCGGCAGUUCUUUCACCAGACAGUUAUCGACUACGCGAAGCAGAUGCAGACAAAAUUGCAAAACGUGAAUUCUUCGCUGGACAUUUUCCUGAAAGCGAGCGCCUUCGUCGGGUCUGCGUGGAGCGACCCAAAGCAGAACAUCCUGGAAGACCAGAGACACGCAUCGACUCUGUUUAACACCGAUUGCCUCCACUGGCCUCAGCACGAAACUGUCGUGAUUCCCAUGGGAAUGUUCAAUCACUCCAUUCCGACUUCACCCCGAGAAAGGAUGUUCCACGUUCCCGCCAUUGGCCACCGCCUCGCUGUUUGUUUGUUUCGUGAAACAUUUCCCGGUACGAGAUACGCCUUCCAGCAAAUUCCUGUACUGCUUUUCAAGUCAACAACUACAAAACUAAACAUGCGUAAAGUUGUAUAGAAAAGUGAUUGAAAUCAUACCAAUAAGUAAAUACCCAAUAGUGAGCCCAUUGCCGAUACCCGUAUCCCAGGACCGCGUACUGCAUCUCUUACCCGCUAUGAGUGGAGAGGGCAACAAA